CAGCGUCCAACUUGUGUUCAAGUGUUUUUUGUUCGUUUUUUAACCCCCUCCCAACGCGUUUUAAGUGUUUAAUGUUUACAUAAUGUAAAUAUAAUAUUAUAAACUUACGGAAAAAAUAUAUAAUAACUCUUAUGAUUAUUAUUUUGUAUUUUUACGAAUUGCUUGAACUCCGCACGCGGAGAAUGCUCAGCCAAUCAGCAGGCAGCCCUGAAAACAGUACAAAUGCUGUCUUGACGGUCGUUAAUAUUUAAAAAGCAGGUAAUUUAAAACUUUUGAGAGAGUUUUGGAGGAGACACUCAAUCCACAACUGAAACACUGGCUGCCACGGGGUCUGUGUGUCUAAUUAGGACAAAGAUACUUGUGUGUGGGAUGAUCUCUUGUUACAGGCCCUACUAUGACACCAUUUUGAACAUGUAAAUAGAAAAGGGAGGACAUUUUAAAAGACCAUAAAAAGUCGGAAAAUACACCUUCACUCUGGGCCACAUUAUUUUAUAUUUGACGUAAAUUGGACAAUAAGGCAUGAAUUUAAAGUACUUUUAAUUUUAGGAUCCAGGCCUGCUGAAGAUGCAGCACUCUAAUUAUGGACAAUGGCUCCCUCAAGCGGUCAGACAGGGAAUAACUUCAUCCAAAUGUAUAGGAUUCAUUAAAAAAAGUGAUGGAGUCUUGUUUAAUGUAUUUUAUAUAACCCAUGAAAUGAAAAUAAUAUGUCAAUACUUUCCAAAUGCGUUCCAAAUUUUAUUAAUUUUCCAAGUGAGUAUAAGCAAAUUAUUUAAAUGUUCUUUGACGUUUUUUGUAUAUCUGCAAAAAAUAAAAUGUGAAAGAAACAGUGAUCACACAUGAUAAGUGACCAAACUCCAUAAAAUUUUUUCAAGGUUUCUUUUUAUUUUUUAUUUUUAUAUCAUUGGGCCCUCAUUAAUGUAAUCCCCUCCUGACUUUCCCAUCCAAUUAUGUGUGGGGCCCCAACUGCUUCAGACUUUAUCUGUGAACUGUUUAUAAAUCUCUCCCUCGGAGAUAUCUCACCACAUUCUGUGGUGCUUGAGGAGGAGCAGGCGAUGUGUCUGUUCAGAGUUCUCAAAGCUCCUUCAAACCUUUACAAGCUGGAAAUACUACUUUUCUUUCUGCCUUGAAACUUCUUGAACAGUAUAUCCAUCACUCCAGCCUUUACUGGAGGAUGUCGGGAAAGAUGUUUUUGCUUUCUGCAACAAUAACGUCCAUAUUGCUAAAUUUAUUGCCAGCACAGCCUUCAUAUGGUCAACUCCUGACAGAAGACUCUUGCACUGUUCAGAUCCUUGUCCCAGGACUAAAAGGAGAACCAGGAGACAAAGGGCAGAAAGGAACACCCGGCAGGCCCGGAAGAGUUGGACCUCCUGGAGAAAUGGGACAACAUGGCCUUAAGGGACAGAAAGGCAUUAUGGGACGUUUUGGGAAAGUCGGUCCACCUGGAAUAAAAGGGGCAAAAGGUGACAUGGGUGAUCCUGGUCCCAAGGGACCCAAUGGAGAGCCAGGUGUCCCAUGCGAGUGCACACCAAUGAGAAAGAUGAUUGGAGAAAUGGACAUUCUCGUGGCCCAGCUGUCCUCAGAACUAAAAUUCAUAAAAAAUGCACUGCCCUCCCCUGCAGCUGUUGCUGGCAUAAAAGAGACAGACAGUAAGGUGUAUCUGUUGGUGAAGGAAGAGAAGCGGUACGCCGACGCCAAAGUCUCCUGUCAGGCGAGGGGAGGGCACCUGGCCAUGCCGAAGGACGAGGGCGCCAACGCGGCCAUCGCCGGAUACAUAACAGAAGCCGGCCUGAGCAGGGUCUACAUCGGCAUUCAUGACCUGGAUCGCGAGGGGAUUUUCACCUAUGUGGAUCGCUCUCCCAUGACCACCUUCAGCAGAUGGAGAAAAGGCGAGCCCAACAAUGCAUACGAUGAUGAAGACUGCGCUGAAAUGACGGCCUCAGGGGAGUGGACUGAUGUGGCCUGCCACCUCACCAUGUAUUUUAUUUGUGAAUUUGACAAAGACAUGAUCUAAAUCUAGUUAAUAGACGAGUAAAAAACAGCUUACAAACUGAUAUUUACAACAACAAAACAACUGAUUUUCCUCUUUCUUUCUUGAACUAGCAGGCUAUUUAUUAUUUAUCUUGAAAAGCAGCCUGACUUAUGUUGGAUUUAACUAUUCCAAGUGCAUCCCUAAUCUUGUUUUCAAUGAUUCAUUAGUGUUUCCCAGGCAAUCUAUUGAAUUUUUUUGUUAUGCAAGCAGUUCUGUAACAGUGUAGUGGAGAAAAAUGGCAAAUAAGCAAAAACCUGUGAAUUAAAAGAAAAAAAAAUCCAAUUAUUGACAGAAUCUGGUCUCAGCUGAGUGCUUUUAAUCAAACAAACAGAUUGCAGUGCGCUUAUUCAUUCAAAUUCACUUCAUAUUUUGUGGUAGUUGUAGUUGCAUUACAAUAAACACUGAUAGUUGGUUUAAAACAAGUGGAAUAUGGUGUUUAUUACUGUACACUGUUGAGUCAAAUGUGUUUUGUUGUUAUAUUCGUCUUUAAUUAAGUUCUUGACAAAGUUUCAUCAUUUAUUUACAAGGCUGUUUUUGUGCACAGCAAAACCUUCAAUCCCCAUUAAACUCAGAGAGUACUUUAAUGA